AUGAUUUCAAACGACCUCAAGAUCACUCACGUAAUAUUUGAUUUGGAUGGAUUAUUACUUGACUCAGAAAGUGUUUAUACACGAGUAAAUGAAGAAAUUUUGCUUGGUUACGGUAAGAAAUAUACGAUGGAACUAAAAGCUAAAACAGCUGGAAUGAAAAUGGACGAAUCAAUUAAUUUUGUAUUGGAACAUGAAGAUUUAAUUGGAAAGAUAACAUUGGAGCAGUAUAGAAAGAAAUAUUUGGAGCUUGCAAGCAAAUAUUUACCUGAUUCGAAAUUAUUACCCGGUGCAUUGCGUUUAGUGAAACAUCUUGCCAAACAUUUGGUACCAAUAGCACUUUGCACCGGUUCCAAUACUUUUGAAUUUGAGGCUAAAAUGCGAAAGCAACAGGAAUUGCUACAACUGAUAAAUCUUCGAGUUCUUGCAGACGAUCCGUCAAUAAAACAUGGUAAACCAGCACCGGAUCCAUUCUUGGUUACAAUGCAACGAUUUAUUAAAAAACCAAUGAAUGCAGCAAAUGUUGUGGUAUUUGAAGAUUCCAUUAAUGGUGUUCGGGCAGCUGUUGCUGCCGGUAUGCAUGUGAUUAUGGUUCCUGAUCCGCGUUAUUCGAAGCCACCGGAAGAUUGCCAAAAGAUGAUUUUAUUUGUUUUGAAAAGUUUAACCGAAUUUAAACCCGAAACUAUUGGAUUGCCACCAUUUGAUUAG